AUUUCGAUGGAGAGAGCGAAAAGAGAGACAGAGGCCGAGAUAGAGAGGGCAGCCAUGGACGAGAGCUUCGAGUUGCGCGUGAAGCGGCUCUUCGGAUCCCACCUCUUCGACACCGUACCGAACAGCUCCUUCCCUACGUCGUCGUGGUCGGUCGCCAGUGGUGAGGUUGAGCGCCGUGAGUGGAAUCGCGAGCGGGGUGCUGAUCUGGAACGCGAGGACAUCCCCUGCGCCUCCGCGUUUGAUGAAGGUGGGUGCUUCUCGAAAAAGUACAAGGGAGGGAGAGGUCGCAAGGAGAACUUUGAGGCCGAUCUUGAUGACCUUGGUGAUGAUGAUGAUGAUGAUGAUGAUGAUGAAGAGGAGGGAAAGGGGGAAGAUGCGGAGGAGAGGGAGAUCCGCUCCUCGGUCGGCUUGGAUCCUACCUUAGAUAACGAGGAUGAGGAGGAUGAAUAUGACAAAGCUGCCUUUUUCAAAGAUGACAUGGAUGAACGGGUAUACAUGAGGGAUGUCAAAGAUCACGGUCCUCAUUUAAGCUAUUACAGCAUCAUUUCUGAUCCAUUUGAUGAGUCAUUUGAGGAAAUCAACCCUUACCAAAGGGAUCCACGGGCGGAUCAUUUUGCAGCGAGGAAUAGGAUUAAUGAAGACAAGGAAGCUGCCAUUACAGAUCCUCAUGUCAACACUGACAAACCUGCAAUGGAUUUACAGGGAAAGAUAACUGAAGUUGAUGCUGGUCUAAAGCCCAUUUUGAAACGAAAAGAGGUUGUGGUGAAUCCUAGGCCAAAGAAACGUGUUCGUUUUGAUCCUGGGUGCGAGAAUAACCAUGACAAAGUGCCCCACGAAGUACAAGAUUUCCAUAUGGUUCCACAGUCCAUGGAAACAACUGCUGUGUCCGAUGAGGAUUCAACCCUACAUCAGGAAACCACCCCUGCAGUACCUGAUUAUAUAAAGAACCCCGCAAAGUAUACCCGCUAUACCUUUGACUCAUCAGAUGAUUUUGAUGAUCGGGCUAAUAGGUCUGCUUUUGAAGACUUCCGCAACUUGCUGAAGCAAUCGAAACCUGAGAACUUGGAGCCUGAAUUUACUUUGGACCUUCCCCAUUCCAUACUUUUCACUCCUCAAAAGAAGAAGGCUGGUGAUCCUAUGUCAGUUGAUGAUAGCCAAAAAAUUUUGGUUAUGGGCAAGGAACCUGAGCAUAACUUGGUCCAUACCAUGGGCAUUGCAGCAGGGGAAGCCCAAGAAAAUGAUGCAUGUGAAAUGGAAGAGGAUGACAUCACAGAGAGGAACCUUAAUGCAAGGAAAGCAGAUCGCAAGUAUCGUUCAAAGACAUCCACAUCUGAUCCUGCCUGAUUGUCAAACUAUGAAGCACUAUUUAAUCGGCAGGUUUAACUGGACUUCAUCCGUUUAAGGUUUUACCUCUCUUUACAUGUUACAUGUACACUAGGAAUGUGUUCAAGCAGCAGGCCAGAGAUGCUAGUGAGGGUGUGUGAUUGCUCGGUUUUACUCUGUUCAUGAUAAUUUUCUUGCAAUGUAUUUUGUUAACUUUCUGGUAAUCCUAAGCAGAAACCUGAUAAUCCGGUUCAAAAUUCAUAACCAUACUAUACAAAAUCAUUUGUAAAUCUUGAGAAUUUAUGAAGAGAGAGAAACAAUCACAAACACUUCCAAGACUAAAUGUCAACCAAAUAAACAGCACCAUGGUGCUCCAGGACCACCUCUGGUGUUUACCCCUACAUCCUGUUGUAUUCCUAUAAACUCAAUGAAACUAAAAAACAAUGAAAACUCACACUCAUCUCCUAAAUCAAUGCAGUCAAGCACUAAUCUAUCUAUACAAUGGUUUUGCAAUGUCCUUCACUCAAUAGAGCUCUGCAUU